CCCGUGGCCAGGCAUCAGUUUUAGCUUGCCCAGGCUUUAGAGAAGAACAUAACCCAACGCCCCCCAAAAACACAACACAAAAUGUCUCUUGAACGUGCUGUUCGUGCCAAGAUUGCCGGCAAGCGCAAUCCCGAGAUGGACAAGGAGGCUCAGGAGUGGGUGGAGUCCAUCAUUGGUGAGAAGUUCCCCGCCGGCCAGGCCUACGAGGAUGUGCUCAAGGACGGCCAGGUGCUGUGCAAGCUGAUCAACAUCCUGUCCCCCAAUGCCGUGCCCAAGGUCAACUCCUCCGGCGGCCAGUUCAAGUUCAUGGAGAACAUCAACAACUUCCAGAAGGCUCUCAAGGAGUACGGUGUGCCCGACAUCGAUGUCUUCCAGACAGUCGAUCUCUACGAGAAGAAGGACAUUGCCAAUGUCACCAACACCAUCUUCGCCCUGGGCCGUGCUACCUACAAGCACGCCGACUUCAAGGGUCCCUUCCUGGGCCCCAAGCCCGCCGAUGAGUGCAAGCGCGACUUCACCGACGAGCAGCUGAAGGCCGGCCAGACCAUUGUCGGUCUCCAGGCUGGCUCCAACAAGGGUGCCACCCAGGCCGGCCAGAACCUUGGCGCUGGCCGCAAAAUUCUGCUCGGCAAGUAAGCGGUUACUUUGUGCGGACGGACGAUGGAUGAUGGACGUACGAUAGAUGCCCCCAUCUGUCUUUGGUUUUUCUACACGAUAUAUCCAUAUGUAUGCUAGUUUUAUAUAAACACACACCACACAAACACGAUAUAUACAUAUAUAUAUUUAUAUGAAACAUCAACACAAAAAUAUUCCUCACCAACAACAAAAACAAAACAAAAAUCACUCACACAAAACAACACAAAAGCAACGCAAAGGCUUAUAGAACCUUUACAGCCUUUAAAUUAAGUAUACUCGUACGCCUAAGUUAAUCUAUAUAAAAUAAAGUAAUGAAAAAUCCCACA